ACAGAUGUGAGUUUUCCUCAUCCAUAUUUUUACCCUCAACAAAGACACGUAAAUAAAACAAUAUCUGCGUAAAAUCCUAUAUAAAGUUAAUCGACACCAUCAAAAUAAUGUCGGCGGAAAUUAACGCGAAAAAUAGCAAUAAGUCAAUGCCUGAGAAAAACGAUUGGGAGCAGGAUGACGAAGAUGACAAUUGGGAUGAUUGGGGUGAUGCCGAGGAUAACUUCGAUGAUGCACAGGCAGCUAACUUUCCACAGCCAAAAAGCAAGAACGAAACUUUAAGUCCAACAAAUAAUAAUAUUUCAACCAGAGCAUCAGAAUCAGUGGAAAAAGUUGAACCAAUCAAGCAGGAUAUUAAUAGCAACAGUGGAGUAUCCACAGGACCAAUAAGCCAACAGACAUCAAAUACAACAGUUUCCCAAAAGUCAACUGCAGGCUGGGGUGGACUCUUUGGAGGUGUAGUUUCAUCAGUAUUCUCCACAGCCUCUGAAGGUCUUGGUAAUAUUACCUCAACAGUGAGUCAAGGUCUUAAUCAGGUUAUUGGUGUACCCGAUCCGGAGGAGUUAGCACGCAUGCAGGCCAUCGAAGUAGCAAAUAAGAAGGAUGAUUCAGAAAGUAAUCAAAUCGUAUAUAACACUUCAAAGCAACAAGUUAUAAGUAGUCGGCAGACACAAAAUGCUCAACAGGAUGAAGCGUCGCCUGCAUUUGGUUUAAGUAUUGUUAGUGGAGUAACUACGCUUGGUACGAAGGUACUGAACACGGGUUUGGAUACGCUUGAGGGUAUUGGAAAGAAAACUAUGCACAUUUUACAAGAGAAUGAUCCGCUAUUAAUGAAUAAACGAAAGAUGCUGGGUUUGGAAACAGAAAGACCUAAUUUAAGCCAGGUAUUAAAAGAGGCCAAAAAAGAUGCUGAUCAAUUAGAAAGCACAUUAAAAGAGUUGAAACUAGAAAAAUCGCGUGAAAUGCUGCGUUUUGAUUUGCUAUUUGAAAACCAUUGCGGUCUGGUGCACCUGGAAGCAUUAGAAAUAUUGUCCCAGGAAUCAACGUUUAAAUUGCAAAAACUACAGGAUGCAGUAAGUGGCAACGCGCUCACCGAUUUGCAAGAGACAAUCACCGAAGUAAAGGAACUCAUGGAAUUGGAAGAUUUAGAAGGUGAAAGCGAUGGAAACUACGAUGCGAAAGAGUUGAAUUUUAGAUUAAUGGCCACUCUUGAGGAUGUAGAACUGCAAAUUAAUUUCGAUGACAUAACAAACAAUUGGGCAAAAGCGGUGGACUGGCUCAACGUUACACCAGCAGUUGCUCCACAGGAUCCUGUACAGGAAACGUUUGCUAAAGGCAUUACAACGCUAGCGGAAACAUGCGCUCUACAAAUGUGUAAAUUGCAUAAAAUUGCCGAAUUGUUGCUGGUCAAAGACCAUCAUAGUACUGCAAAUGAAGUCGAUUGUAUUGUGCAGUUAUGUAAGCAAUUCAAUGCACAUUUAAAUGGACUAACAAACAGAUUUGCCACGGCAUUAACAGCAUUUAAGCUGGACUCUCAACCUGUGCAAGAGGAUGUGCUAAAAAGUCAUGUAAGCACCCUUUUCGCCGAAAUGCUAGUCGCGACACAACACAUUGAGAAGGCAUUUAAUUUGUUUUUGCCAAUAUUGCAAAUGGGAGCAGUAUAAAGUGAACAAGUGCAUAGCGGAGAGAUUAUGAAGUUAAUAUUGCUUAUAUUCUUUUGUAUUUUAAAUCAUAUACCUAUGUAUUAAUAAAUUUAUUAAAUAUUGUUAAAAAGAUUUUAAUUAUUUUCUAAAAAUCCCCAUUAUGUGACAUUCCACGCUUCGUGCUUUGGUUUGUUUGCGCUAUAGCAUCUUUGUUAUUCGUUAAAUUUUCAGAAGAAUUAUUUCCUAAAAUAAAGACACACGUUUGUUUAUAAAACUA